AUGCAAAACGUCAGGGAGAACAGACGAAAUGUAAUUUAUCUGGAUGAGACUUGGGUUAAUCAAAAUUACACUGUAGGAAAAGGUGGCCGACUUAUAAUUCAGCAUGCAGGCUCUGCAGAGGGCUUCAUUCCAAACGCUGAGCUCACAUUUACUGCAAAGUAUGACGGUGAUUAUCACCGUCAAAUGAAUCACGAAGUGUUUGAAGAAUGGUUUCGUUGCCAGUUGCUCCCAAACAUACCGCCAACUUCAAUUAUUGUGAUGGAUAAUGCUCCAUAUCAUUCAAGGAAAGUAGAUAGACUACCAACGAUGUCAAGCAAAAAGGCAGUCAUUACAGAAUGGCUCAUCUCUAAAGGUGCGAAACCAACAGAGAAAAUGUUGAAGGGUCAACUUUUAGAGAUGGUAAAGGUGUACUCCGUUAAAAUAAAAAACACUUGUGUCGUAGAAAAAAUUGCAGCAGAAAAUGGAGUUGAAAUUAUUCGGCUUCCUCCCUACCACUGCCAAUACAACCCAAUAGAACUAAUUUGGGGCCAAGUGAAAAGUUUCAUAGCGAAACGAAACGAUUUAAAGAUGGCAAAACUAUCGGAACUUACUAAAGAAGCUCUGGAUACUGUGCCACAUGAAAAUUGGGAAAAUGCCGUAAGACAUGCCGAGCAAUUGCAAGUGGAAGAUGCAGCAAAAAAAGAUAUCUUGAUUGAUAAAUAUAUUGAUUCAUUUAUUGUAAGUCUUGACUCUUCUGAUGAGGAAUCUUCUGAUGAGGAGUCCUCUUAA